AUGUCGAAGCCACAAAUUGGAAUCAACGGAUUCGGAAGAAUCGGACGUCUCGUACUCCGCGCUGCCGUUGAGAAGGACUCUGUCCAAGUCGUUGCUGUCAAUGAUCCAUUCAUCUCAAUUGACUACAUGAUCUACUUGUUCCAAUAUGAUUCAACUCACGGACGUUUCAAGGGAACCGUCACCCACGAAGGAGAUUAUCUUUUGGUUACCAAGGAAGGAAAGAGCCAACAUAAAAUCAAGGUAUGUAGUUUCAAUUUCAGCACAAAAAACUAGUUGAAAAAAAAAUGCUGUGUCAGUUGGUAACUAUGACAGCGGGCUUGCCUGCCGCUCACUCAUCGAUUUUAGUCGUUUUUUGCAUCAUAAACAGAUGAUGCAAUCCAAUGACCUUUUCAUCAUCAGUCAGAAUACAACUUUUUCAAACAAGAAAACACACACAUCUUCAGCUUCAGUUUCAAACAAAUAAUUACAGGUUUUCAACUCAAAAGACCCCGCUGAAAUCCAAUGGGGAGCCGCUGGAGCCGUCUAUGUUGUUGAAUCAACUGGAGUCUUCACCACCAUCGAGAAGGCCAACGCUCACUUGAAGGGAGGAGCCAAGAAGGUCAUCAUUUCAGCUCCAUCUGCUGAUGCUCCAAUGUUCGUUGUUGGAGUCAACCACGAGAAAUACGAUCAUGCUAAUGACCACAUCAUCUCAAACGCUUCCUGCACAACCAACUGCUUGGCUCCACUUGCCAAGGUGAAUUUACUACUAGAGAACAUAUCUCAUAUCUUCAAGAUCAAAUUUUACAGGUCAUCAACGACAACUUCGGAAUCAUCGAAGGACUUAUGACCACCGUCCACGCUGUCACUGCCACCCAAAAAACUGUUGACGGACCAUCAGGAAAACUCUGGAGAGACGGACGUGGAGCUGGACAAAACAUCAUCCCAGCUUCGACUGGAGCCGCCAAGGCUGUCGGAAAAGUUAUUCCAGAACUCAACGGAAAACUCACCGGAAUGGCUUUCCGUGUCCCAACCCCAGAUGUCUCUGUUGUUGAUCUUACUGCUCGUUUGGAGAAACCAGCUACUUUGGAUGACAUCAAGAAGGUCGUCAGAGCUGCCGCUGAAGGACCACUCAAGGGAGUUCUUGCUUACACCGAGGACCAAGUUGUCUCAACUGACUUUGUUUCUGAUACUCACUCUUCAAUCUUCGAUGCUGGAGCAUCAAUCAGCUUGAACCCACACUUCGUCAAACUCGUCUCGUGGUAUGACAACGAAUUCGGAUACUCCAACAGAGUUGUUGAUCUUAUCUCCUACAUUGCCACCAAGGCCUAA